AGCAGGUACUGUGGGGGUUGUGCUGCGGGUUAUGUUUUAGUCGGUGCUUUGGCCCUCCGAAAGACAAUCAAUAUAUGCAUGUGUCACGAAGGAUUGGGCCUGAACACUUUCUUGAAGCUCUCAUUGAUGUGUAGGACUCUUGCUGUGGGCGACCAUUGCUUUAUUGCAGGCUCGAGAACAAUACGCUGGCAGUCCCUUGUCUGCGAUUACCAAGUGGAGUCUACCAGCUUCCCAGCGUGUGAACAGCAAUACCUGGUACUUGCGUCGGCUCCUCUGCUAGGUUGCAUGUGGGCAUGAUAUCUAGAAAUAGGGGUUUUUCUCGGUACCAUGGUAAACUUUUCUCCCAUUUGAAGGGGGAUGGGCGGUAUGAUAUGGUAACUCGUAUCGUUCACUGUUG